UGCAAGGGGUAGGGAUUGACAACAUAAAAAACAAAACAAAACAAAAAAAAACCUCGUCCUCUCCUCUCCUGGUGGCCAUGGUGGAGACCAGCAGCAGCUUCCCCAACCAGGACAAGGCUUAGAUGAGGAAACCGAGACCCAAAGAGAGACAGCAACUGGCCCAGGGUCACCAGCAUGCAGAUGCCUGCCAUGAUGUCUCUGCUUCUUGUGUCUGUGGGCCUCAUGGAAGCACUUCAGGCCCAGGGUCACACCAUCACACACCGAGACCUCUUCUCUCGAGAGAUGCCGCUGGACAUGGCCCUGACCUCCUUUGAUGACCAGUAUGCUGGCUGUGCCACCGCCAUGACAGCUGCUCUCCUAGAUCUCAACCACACAGAGUUCCAGGCCAACAAGGUAUAUGCAGAUGGCUGGGCACUAGCAAGCAGCCAAUGGCAGGAGCGCCAGGCCUGGGGUCCAGAGUGGAGCCUCAGCCCUACCCGUUCACCCCUGCCACCUCCAGGCUUCCGCGAUGAGCAUGGGGUGGCCCUCCUGGCCUACACAGCCAACAGCCCCCUGCACAAGGAGUUCAACGCAGCCGUCCGUGAGGCAGGCCGCUCCCGGGCCCACUACCUCCAACACUUCUCCUUCAAGACACUCCAUUUCCUGCUGACUGAGGCCCUGCAGCUGCUGGGAAGGAGGCAGCGUCCACCCCGGUGCCACCAGGUGUUCCGAGGCGUGAACGGCCUGCGCUUCCGACCAGCAGGGCCUAGGGCCACUGUGAGGCUGGGGGGCUUUGCCUCCGCUUCCCUGAAGAAUGUUGCAGCCCAGCAGUUUGGUGAGGACACCUUCUUUAGCAUCUGGACCUGCCUUGGGGCCCCUAUCAAGGGCUACUCCUUCUUCCCUGGAGAGGAAGAGGUGCUGAUACCCCCCUUUGAGACCUUCCAAGUGAUCAAUGCCAGCAGACCGGCCCAGGGGCCUGCCCGCAUCUACCUUCGGGCCCUGGGCAGGCACAGUACCUACAACUGCGAGUACAUCAAAGACAAGAAGUGCAAGUCUGGGCCUUGCCGUCUGGAUAAUUCAGCCAUGGGGCAAAGCCCCUUCUCUGCAGUCUGGGCUCUGCUACUACUGCUCUGGUUCCUCACGGUGAGGCCCUUUCCAGAUGGUCCAGGCUUCCUUUGAUGCAUGAGACACAGGACAGCCUUGCCCACCACCUCUGCCCAGCUUGAGGAUGUUGGCUGUGUGUGCUUUCAAUGUAACCAAGAUUCCUGGCAACCCCAUCUGCAAGGAACUCCAGGACCUCCUCUGGUGGCUGUCAGACCUGCUGGGGGGAGAAACAGGAGACAAUCUGGGGACUGAACUUACCCAGGGCUCCAGGAGUGAGACUCUGAAUAAUGGUUGGGGCCAGUAGGGGGAUUGCGGGGGACUUCAAGACAGGCAGCAACUCAAGUGGAGAUAGAAAGGACUGUUGCUGAUUUGGGGGUGACUGAAGAGGAAAGCACUUGGCCAUGAUACCUGCUGGUGUUAUUCAGAUGCCUCAUAUAUCCAUCUGCAAAGCUCCCAUCCACGCCUCCAGGAAGCCUUCUCUGACCUCUCCCACUGGGCUAGGGUAGGGACCCUGUGUCUACACCCCCAUAUAGAGCCCUAGAUGCUUCUCUAUA